GACUGGGUCACUCGAGCGUUGACGAUGUCGGCUAGCUAAUUGCUCCAAGUGUUUUUUUUGUAGAAGCAGCAACGAAAGCAUUGUUGAAUAACAACAAACCAAACCAUAUUAAUUGUAUAUUAAGCAUUAAGCGAAAAAACUCAAAUUGUUGGUGUUAAUUUGUCAAUUCGAAUAACCAAAUUGUAUACACUGGUUUAUGGAAAAGCUCAACAUGUAUUAUACACGCGCACAAUACGUGCUAAUAUCAAUUUGAUGAUUGGCAGGCAACAAGUGUGACGAGAAUCAAAUAAAUCAACAAAUAUUUACGCACUUAUGGAUCCAAUACUAUUUCACAAAUCGAAGGUGACCACAACUGGCUACGAAACGUUAUUUUAACACAUGUCCUGAGUCACAGGCUACAAGUCUACUACAAGUCGCUCUUUUAGUCAGAGAGCGUGUUUUAUUUUUGGUCGUAAAACGAAAAUAUAUAUUGUAUAUAAGCAAACGUUUUUACAUGGUGCUCGUGAAUACUAUUAAUAAAUAUAUUUAAAUUUAUGUACCGGAUAAAUGUACCUGAAUACCAUUUGAAGGACUCGUACAGCAAUUUUAACUAAGCUGACGAAAAAGAAUAAGGAAUAAACCGGACCGAGUUGUCCAAUCUAUAUAGCCAUAAAUCGGUAAUCCCCAAUACCGAUGUUGGCAGAGUCAAGCAGCUGUAGCAUAAACAUAGACAAGGAGCAACCCCCCCACCUCCACAAUGCGCAAGGAUAAUCAGGGCAGUCCUGAAACGAUACCACUCAAUGGCAGCAUAAACAACAACAAUGGCAAAGGUGCGCAGAGCAAACCAAAAAUCGAACCAAAGUGUAGAAUCAAUCGGGAUGUGCUCACCCAGGAGUUGGUCAUCCGUGAGACUGGCUAUGCGGCCAGGGCUAAGAGUAUUCCCUCCUCCAUGUACAAUUGCUGGCGCAGCUGGAAUUUCUUGUCGCUCUUCACGGGCAUCAUUCCUAUACUGCAGUGGCUGCCACAGUAUUCGUUGCGACGUGAUUUCAUUGGUGAUAUAAUAUCUGGUUUUACGGUUGCCAUUAUGAAUAUACCGCAUGGCAUGGCGUAUGGCAUGUUGGCCGGCGUUUCCGCAGGAAAUGGUCUCUAUAUGGCUGUAUUUCCGGUGCUCGUUUAUAUGUUCCUGGGCACCUCGAAGCACAUCUCGAUCGGCACCUUUGCUGUCGCUAGCAUGAUGACCCAAAAAGUGGUGCUCACCUAUGCCAAUGUGGAUUCGAAUCAAAUACCAACAACAACAACACCAACAACAACAACAGCAAUGUUGCAACUAGCAAACAUGACAACAACAACAACAAUGAUGCCGCCUGUGGAAAAUAUUAUCACACAUUUGGAGGUGGCUACAUCGCUAGCCUUUGCCGUGGGCAUUGUAAACCUGCUGAUGUCCUUCUUCAGGCUGGGCACACUUGCCUCGCUGCUAAGUGAACCACUUGUGAAUGGUUUUACAACAGCCGCCGCUUGUCAUGUCGUCAGCGCCCAGCUGAAAGAUGUGGUGGGCAUUAAGGUGGAUCGCCACAAGGGUGCCUUCAAAAUUAUUUACACUGUGAUGGAUGUGAUCAGAGGAUUGCCGCAUACAAAUCUCGUCAACUUUGGCUUCUGCAUGGCAAUCAUUAUAUUUAUGAUCAUCUGCAACGAGUGCCUCAAGCCAUGUCUGAGCAAACGAUGUCGUUUUCCACUGCCCGGCGAAUUGAUCGCUGUCAUCGGUGGCACACUCAUCUCAAAGUUCUAUCUCCUGUACGAGGAGUUUAAUGUGCAGCUGGUGGGCACCAUACCGAAGGGUCUGCCAAUGCCAACAUUGCCGCGCAUGGAUCUGGUUCCAUUGGUUGCUGUCGAUUCUAUUGCGAUUGCAAUCGUUACGUAUUCGAUCAUAAUGUCGAUGGGAUUGACGUUUGCCAAGAAGCAUGGCUAUGAGGUACGCGCCAAUCAGGAACUCUUCGCUAUGGGCUUGGGCAACAUUGUGGGUGGAUCUUUCUCCUGCUAUCCACUGGCCUGCUCCUUGUCGCGUUCCGUUAUACAGGAACAAACGGGCGGCGUCUCACAAAUUGCCUCCUUGGUGUCGGCCUCGCUGGUGGUCGCCACCCUCAUGUGGAUUGGACCCUUCUUCAGUGAUCUGCCCAGAUGUGUAUUGGCCGGCGUCAUUAUUGUGGCCCUGAAGCCCAUGUUUAUGCAAGUCAGGGAGCUGAAGAAGUUCUCCAAGCAGGGCAAACUUGAGAUGUUCACAUGGAUAUCAACAUUUCUGUGUGUGGUGCUCAUCGACAUCGAUAUUGGACUGCUGAUUGGAGUUUGCGUCUCCCUGUUGGCAUUGUACAUUAAGGGAAUGAAGCCAUAUUCGUGCCUACUGGGCUAUAUACCCGAAGCGCCUGGCAUCUAUAUGGACAUGAAUCAGCAUCGCAAUGUGUUGCAGGUUCCCGAGACGCGUAUCUUUCGCUAUUCGGGCUCUCUCAACUUUGCCACGAGUCUGUUCUUCCGCCGUUCCCUCUACAAGUCGGUGGGACUGGACAAAGUUAACAAUAGCAAGAAAAAGACCAACGACUAUGAGAUUGUGGAACAUAAAAAUAUUGAUGAGAGCAAGGGUGGGACGUUCAAAUUCCUCAUACUUGACUUCUCCAUGCUGGGUCACAUCGAUGUCGCCGGCUGCAGCACCCUAAGUGAUAUCAGCAAGGAUCUAAAGGCGCGUGAUGCUCGCCUGCUCCUCGCUAGUCCCGUGGAUCGUGUCUACGACACUCUGGUGCAUAGCAUGGCACUCCGCGAGGGUCCAUUCGACAUCUAUCCCACGCUCCACGAUGCCGUUGAGUAUGCGAAUGCCAUGCGCUCCGCGUGAGAUUCUCCCAGGAGGCAGGAAUCAGCUCCUGAAGCGAGAGAAUCGUAGGAUCGUUGGAUCGUAGUAUUCACCUUUUGCUAUCCACAAUUUAUUUGUUAAGGUUUGAGGAGAUCGAUGUACAAUAAUAAGUUUGCUCAAAUGCCGAAAGAAUAGCAAUGUUAACUACUUCAAAAAUGCCAGCAACAAUAAUAAUGUGUACUUAAUAAGGGGCGCAAAACAUAAACAAAAACAAAAACACCUCCGAUCAACUGAAACUGUAAUAAAAAUGUAUUUUGCUCGUAUUGAGCAAUUUAAG